UUCUCGAUCACUUCCUUAAGACGAGCAUUCUCGUCGCACUCCGAUAUCCUCGACGGGCAUUCUCGUCGGUAUUCCCUGCCGAGUAUCCUCGACCAGUCGACUCCGACAUCCUCGACGAACAUUCUCGUCAUCAUCACCGGCCGAGCAGUCUCGACCAAUCACCGUCGUCCUCAAAUACCUUCACUGCCGCACCGACACAUAACCCGAAUUUCGUAACUUAUUUAUCGGCAGGUCAUAAGCAACCUGUCGAUCGAGCGCCCCAUUUGCACGGGGCGCGCUCGGGCGAAUCGCGGCGGCGACCGCGCCGGCAACGACCCGCACUUGCGCACGCGCUCACACUACCGCGUUAGCCAAUUCCGCCGCGCCCCGCGACUCCCCGACCGUACGGGCAAGCAAGCCGCAUAACUCACCGUGUAGUGUCUGACUACACACUAGUCUAGCCUAACCAUGUAAAUAAAUAGUUAAGUUCUUUCGUUUAGAUGUAAACCGCGUGAAUAAACCUUUAGCUCCGAAGUCACUCCGCCGCGCAACUAUCAGUCCGAUUACCAGCGAUUGGCUGGACCCCGACGAGCUCUCUUUAUUAUCUCUUUAUUUUCGUUAUCUCUUUUAUUUUUGUUCUCUUAUUCAUUUUGUUAACGCUUUUUCGCAAUUGUUAUGUUCAGCAAUAAAUCAUUCUCUAUAUCUUUUUCUACUUAAAACACUGGGUAUAAUCAUUACGGACACCUGACCAACCGACGAGCCUUAUCCGGUCCAAUCUCGAAGUUCCUGCACCGCACCGAACCGACCGAAACCGCGUACCGUUACAUCUUUAAAAGGGCAAACAGUUCUGGUUAAAAAUUGUCAUGGUUGUAAGUAUUUGAAAGUAGUAGAGAUAGCAGACAGUGCAAAUAUAUUUGAAACAUCAAAAGUAGAAAUAUAUGGUGUUCAAUACCAAAGUGGGUGGCAUGUUGCUGUCAAGAGUGGACGAGAAACUGAAUCCGGAAAACCUGUGUUUGCUACAAUAAUGAAAAUAUAUAUUUGUGAAUCUGAUAGGGUUUAUUUUCUGUGUCGUGAAUGUGAAACUCUGGGUUAUGAACGUUCUUUAAAUUCUUUCAAUGUGGCGUCAGGCUUAAAUGUUAUUUUAAUAUCGGCUGAUGAUUUAAAGGACGUGAAGCCUUUUGCUUUAUGGCGAGAUUAUUGUAGCACUGGAAAUUUUAUAACUUUGCGUCAUAUCCUGAUUUAGUAUGUGGAAAUAGUUUAUAGAAAAAAUUUAAUAUAGGAUAUGAAGCUUUUACUUAUAACUGCUAAAAAUCUGUACAAAAUGUUAUAUUUUUAAUUAAGUGAGGCCUUUAAAUUAAGUUUUAAGUUUAAUUUUUAUUUCAGUAUUUUUUUUGUGAGUACACCAAUCACUUCCCCAGUUUGUUUCAUUAGAUUAGACUAGAAUUAGAUUAGAAUAUAAAAAUGAAGAAGCUGGUCAAAACACUUGUUAUUAGUUUGCGCAUUAGGGCUUCUGUUACUCUUUAGGUUUAACAGUAAGAUUACGUGUGUCAAUCAAGAGAUGCCACUCAGGUUUCUAUUCUAUAAAAUGUUACACAGACCCAAUAUUAUUCAAGCUUUGAAUAAAAAAGUAAGUCAAUUUUUAUUAUUUUUUAAUUAUUUGUUGCAGGCUGAAUUGCUUUGUUUUUAUUUAAAUGCCAUAUUUUAAGUUGUUAACAUUGGUGUGUACAUUUAUGUUCGGUAUUUUAUGGUUUCUCUGCUGAUACUACUUAUGUUUUCUUGUCUGCUUUGUAAAUAUUUCAGCAAGUAGAAUAGAUAUUUGUUUGACUCAUUCAUUUAUAUUUACCUUAGUUUCUUUUAAGUGAUGGAUGUGAUGUUGUGAAAUUAUAUGAGUGUGCUGAUUUUUAAUUUGCUAUAUUUCAAAGUCAGUGGGCAUUGCUUUUUAUUGUGCUUCACCUUUUUUUUAGAGGAAAAAGCUGGUACAAUUCUUUCUUUUUUUUCGGAACAAGAUUAAAGGAAAUUUGGGUUAACGAAAUGGGUCAACGGAAGCUGAUAGCUUUCCUCGUUAGGGAACACACUAAUGUGGUCAGUAUAUCAAGUUUGUCCGCAUUAAUACUUAAGAUUCAAAGUUAAUACAUCCUUUUAUCAACAGUUUAUUACACCAAAUGCAGACACAUUAAAUAUGUCCGUACCUAUCAGAGAGACGUGCCUUUCAGUAGAUCCAGGUUCUUUAACAUCAAAAUCUUCUUCAACACGUGAAUGGGCCUAGACUAAACUUACGGAACUGGACGAAACGGAUAGUGACUCAUUGUCUGAGCCUAACACUGCAGUUGUAAAGUCUAACAUUAAUCGCAAUAUUAACAGCAAAACUAUUGAUAUUGAGAAAUGGAUUGAAAAGCAUUCAGGACAGCAUGAAGACUUAGUCAAGAUUUUGCAAUCAAAUAAAUUUACUAACAAGCACCGAAGAGAUUUGGUAAAAAUUAUUGUAUCUGAAAUGUGCUCAGAAUAUGGCAACACAUAUCCUUCCAAGGAAUAUAAGACUAGUGUUGCAAAGGCCAUUGUAUCCACAUUUUCUAGAUUAUCAUCAAAAAUUGAAGGGCGUUCUCAUGAGAGUUUUUACGACGAAGUUGUUGGAGAGGGCUAUCUUGAAUGGCGGCUGAAAACGGUAAGAAAGCAUUUACCCAGGAAGGAGACAUCUAAAAGACCGAAUAAAAAGAAAAUAAGGAAACAACCGUUUAUAGAUAGGCCACAACUAACCGAGUCUGUCCUCAUUGAAAAGAUUUCUGAAAUGAAGCAUACAAAGCCAACUGAUUCCGUCAAGGCUCAAAUUGAACGUUUACUAUAUGAAACCCGGCCAAACAGACAUACUGAAAUCAAAUCAUCUGAAAGCAUUACAGUUUCCGAUGUAUUAAAAAAAUAUCCUCGCCUUAAAAACUAUGAUGGUGAAAUGAUUGAUAAUGAAUUUAGAGACGUUUUUGAAGGGCACGACAUACUGUUGGCAAGAUUUUCCACCUAUUUUGCCCCACGUAUUAUUGCAUAUUGUAAAAAUGUAGCAUCUUAUUUGCUAGAGAAAUUAACUGAUUUUGACAUUAAUUUAAAAGCAAUUGUGGUUUUACCUUUGAGUUGCUGCCUCCUCUGAACCAUUCAAAUAUUACAAAAGUACAAAACAAAGCCAAGAGAAAGCAAAGUGGUGGCAAGGUGGCUCGUAUCAACUCAGUUCCACAUCCAAGCUUUUUGCAGUUCAUAGGUGUAAUCUUAACAAACACAUUGAAAUAACAUGUUUAUUGUUUAUCUCUGAAUAUCUCUUGUUUUUGCAGGCAAAUGAAGAUAUAAAUUCUAAAAUCUCUGAGAGAGGCUCUUUGCACAAACAGCCAUUUUUAUUAUGCUGCACAAACAUGGACCAAAAGAAAGGCCCAUUUUUUAUCCAAGUUGAAAAUCAUUUGUUUCCUGUAGGAAACAAUCCUCUGCGUGCCUUUGACAGGCUUUUUAAAUUAUAUUACAUGUUUGACGUACAUUAUGCAGCCGAUCUUCUAAACUUCUACAACUUUUUUGAAUCCAUUGUUUACAAUGGACUUAAUACCCCUAAAAGCUGCUGUGACAGUCUAAAUUUUGAGUGCAAUAGAAAUUCAGUCAGAAUCAGCAGAGACCGUGUUUGAGUAAGCUUUUAUAAUUGCUUUAAUUAUUCAUGUAGCUAAUUUUUCAUUUUAAGAAAAUAUUAAAUCUUUUCUUACUUUGUCUCUUCAGCUCUGAUUCAGAAUUGGAAUCCAUGAAUUAAUACAUUUUGUGAGUACAAGACGAAACGUAAAAGGAUUAAAACUAAUUGACGAAUAUUCUUCGCAAAAUUGAGUUUUUCCUUAAUUUUCAAAAUCAAAAAACUAUUAUCGUGUUUUAGGUUCUAGUUUAUCGCGUGGUUACUAUUCUACUUUACUAUUUAGUAUUCUAAAUGCCAUUGUUGUAUGUAUGUUUAUGCCAUUUUUCUCAGUAAGAGUAAAUAGUCUUCUUUAAUUUCUUUUAUACAAUGCAUUAAUUUUGAUAUAAUGUUACAAUUUUCGAUUAAGUUGAAAAAAGAGGGGACAGAACAAAAAUAGAAUAAUUCGAAAUUUUUGAAACACAUUCUUAUAUAAUUUUAUCACGCUGAGGAACAUCUGAAGAAUGAAUAAUUUCAUGACGUAUAUUGAAAUUAUUUUUAUCACAUAAUUAUUUUUGAUACUUUUUAAUUUGCUCUUGACACAGAUAUUCUUCAGUUCAGUGGAAAAUUGGAUUUAUAUCUUUUACGCAAAUUUUUUUUACUUAUGUUUGAACAAAUGUGAUUACAUUAAUAUAUUAUACUUAAUAUACUAUAUAGAAUUUAGUUCAAUGAUUAAUUAUUCAUUGUAUCGCCGAACAAUGCCGAAUGAAAAUUUUUGUGACUUACAACAAGAGCGCUGCAUUGUGCCAAAUUUUUUUAGCAGGUUUAUUGCUCAAAGCAUGAUCGCAAACAGGAGUGUCAGAGAUCGGAAAUCCGCAAAUAAAAAAAUCGUUUAUAAUCAUUUAAAAUUGUUUUUGUAAUCGUAUUUACUUUAAUUGCAAAUUAAUAAACCCAAAAGUCAAGUGGA